AUGUCCAUUAAAGAAGGUUACUUAAAGAAAUGGUCAGAUACGAAACACUGGACUAACGUAUAUUGUAAAUUACUACAAAGUGGUUGGUUUCAAUGGUUCGACAGUGCAUCGUCUACUUCGCCUAAAAGAAGUGUUGAUAUCAGACGUGUGGCAGCAUUCCUUGCCAUUGGAGAUGUUAUCCAUCGCGUCCCAUGCAAACCAACUUCAUUAACGAGUGCAGAAAUACCGUUGUCCUUCGGUAUUCCUUUUGAACCACAUGUGGGAACUAAAAUGGCUUGGUUUGUUUGUCCGGAUCAAGCAACACUAAAUUCAUGGACAAAUGCAAUUAUGUCUUUGUUUCAACAAGGUGGUGCUCCAGCUCAACAACCACCUCCAUCCUAUCAACCGCCUGUACCAGCUCCAGCUCCAGGAGUAAUAGGUUUCGGAAUGCCUGAUGCAGCAGCUUAUGGGGGUAAUCCUGGUGGAUUUGCCCCUCUGCCUGCACAACCACCGCCUCCGUCCAAUUAUCCGUAUCCAACUGGAAACUAUGCGCCGCCUCCUACACAACCAAUGGCUCCUGUGGGUGGUAAUCCCUAUGUUCCAGGUACCAGUUCUUAUGGUCCGCCACAACAAGGUCAAUAUUAUGUUGGACAGAAUGGUCAACCCUAUCAAGUUGUCUAUGUUGAUGGUAAACCGAAAAAGAAGAAAUUUGGCGGUGGACUUAAAAAUGCUGCUGUUGGUCUAGCCACUGGAGUUGCUGGUGGUUAUCUAGCAAGUCGUUUGUUUGGCGGUUGGGGUUCAGGUUGGGGAGGUGGUUGUCAUGGUUUCAUGGGUCCAAGAUGGGGUAGUUGGAGUUCACUGUCCAGUUUCAGUUGGUCUGAUUAAAUCAAAAACAAAAAUGCUUUUCUUUUCUUUAUUUGUGUGAGUGUGUGAGUGUAUAACUUCUCCUGUACUGUUGUCCGUUCUCAUCAGUAUUCUACAAUACACACAUAUUUGUUUGUGCUUGUGUCUUUCAUAUCUAUCUAUCAGAAUAGAGAGAAUGAUGCCACAAAGAAAGUCACAAUGAUUGAUGAUGAUGACGCAAUACUUUUCGCGCCUAUACACACACACAUACACAUUCAAAUCGUAUAAACUUCACCACACAUACCCUGAGUAAUUUCUUAUUUGCUUAUUUACGAGGAUUAUUAUUAUUUCUACUGCACCGUUCAGAUUGACUUUAUUUCUUUUCCUCUAGUUUCUCCUAUUUUAUGUACCUUACAUAUACAUAUUUUAUACCUCGGAGACACGUCGAGAAAGAGAGAUAAAGUGUGUUUGUGUUUGCAAGGAUACCAUUGUGAUACUAGUAGUAUGUUUAUGUAAUGUACAAUAAGAUAAGAUUACCAUUAUCAUCAUUAUAUUAAUUAUUUUACUUCUCGUUGUUAUUCAAUUAUCUUUGUCUGCUUUAUUUUGACUUUGAUGAAUUGUUUUCAUUCACACAUAAUAUUUGCUCUUUUUAUUGUCAUGUUGUUUAUUGAUUAAUUAAUUUCCCAGAGAGAGAGAGACAGAGAAACUCUAAAAAUAUAAAUGCAUUUCUAAUUGUUGA